CGCCUUUCGUCCUCAGUACCGACAGGAAGAGAGACCCAUGCACCAGGAAUCAAUUAGCGCUCAGCGUCAACCAUGGCCGGUCUGGCUCGCUUCAUCCUCCUCCUGCUCCUCGUCCUCGCCGUCCCCGUCGCUCAGCCUACCCCCUACAGUGACAACCUCCAGGACGCGUGCAACAAGACGUUGUUCCCCAAACUGUGCAUCCAGGCGCUGACGGGCAACCCGGAGACCCGGACAGCGGACGCGCGCCGGCUGGCCGAGUUGUCCGUGAACUUCGCCAAGCAGGCGGGCACCAAGCUGGCAGCGACCGCUCACGACGAGCUCAACGGUGUCAAGGCGGACGACGCCCUGUUCAAGUGCCUCGACAGCUGCUCCGACGACAUCGAAGAGGCGGUGGCGCACCUUAGCGGCCUCAGCCGCGAGGUCACCGACACCAAGUUCCUCGAGGUCAAGUCGUGGCUGUCCGCGACGCUGGGCGGCUCCUCCACCUGUGAGGACAGCUGCAAGGACGCGCCCGCCAGUGAUGCCAAGUUGUUCGUCGUAGCCAAGAGCAUCGAAUUCGAGAAGCUGCUCCGCGUCACGCUCGACCUCAUCACCGAGGCCUCCGGCUCCAUGUCCGCGUCCGGCGACGUCGCGGUGCCGCCCACGGCGUAUCAUGGCAGCGCUUCAGGAUCCUAUGGUGCUGCCAGCGCGCCGGACUUCUAUAGUGCCAGCGCAUCCGAGUCGUCCGAGAGUGCCAGCCCAUCCGAGUCGUCCGGGAGUGCCAGCGCGCCGGACUCCUACAGUGCCAGCGCACCGGAGUCGUCCGGGACUGCCAGCGCGCCCAGCUCCGAAGCACCAUCCGCUGAUGCGUCGGCCCCCUCGACCUCGAACGCACCAACCUCCGAGGCACCCUCAGCUGCCGCGCCAGGCCCCUCCUAUGGCUCCAGCAGCGCACCCAGCUCCCAAGCACCAUCCACUGAUGCGUCCGCGCCAUCCAGUUCCAGUGAUGCGUCGGCGCCAUCCAACGCUCCAACCUCCGACGCACCAUCAGCUGGCGCGCCAGGCCCCUCCUACGGCUCCAGCAGCGCACCGAGCUCCCAAGCACCAUCCACUGAUGCGCCGACGCCCUCGAGCGCACCAACCUCCGACGCACCCUCAAGUGGCUCGCCAGGCCCCUCCUAUGGCUCCGCCAGCGGGCCAGCUACCGAUGCACCGUCGCCAUCCCCAUCGGGCGCCGACGCGCCAUCUUCCGGGUCUGCCAGCGCGCCAUCAUCAGGGUCUGCCGGCGCGCCAUCAUCAGGGUCUGCCAGCGCACCAUCGUACGGGUCUGCCGGCGCCCCGUCCCCGUCCAACGCCGGCGCUCCUGAUGCCGAUUCACCUGCAUGAGAAACGCGCGCCGGGUUGAUGCUUUGGUGCCUAGGCUGAACUUUUUGUUAUUAUAGGGCUCCCGUUAUCUCGUGCGCACGCGAGAAGAUGUUGAUGCAUGCACUUGCGGGCUUUAGCAUGUGUUUGGUUGAGGAACCACGUAAAAUAUAGAAUGUCGUAUAUGGCCCCAUUUGAGUGUAACGGGUCGACUUUGUUUGCUGUAUUUUAUUUAUUUGUUCAUCGUGGGUGGGUGCAAUGCACCCGGUUGUAGCCAUUACUUUCCUAGAAUGGAAUUGUUCCACCUCACUGUUUGGUUGGAGAGUCUGAAUGCAAGAAAUUUGUUUGAGUUCA